CUCCGGAGAGGGCGGCGGGGAGGAGGCUCGUCGGCCCGGAGGGCGGAGGAGGCCGAGCCGUCCCAGUCCGAGCUUCAAAACAGCCGGCGCCUCACCCCGCGCACAACCUGCCCCUGCGUCCAGACGCCCGCGUCCGGUGUGGAUUUUUCUCUGCCAUCCUCUGGCUCUUCGUCCCUCUCUGGCCUUCACUGCCCUGUGAACAUGUUGGUGAUUCUGGCCUUCAUCAUCGUCUUCCACAUCAUCUGUGCGGCACUCCUGUUUAUUUCCACCAUUAACAAUGCCUGGUGGGUUGGAGAAGACUUCUCAGCGGACAUCUGGAGAGUGUGCAUCAACAAUACAAACUGCACAGAGAUCAACGACCUGAGUGGCAGUGAUGGGUUCACAGAUUACUCCAUCAUGCAGGCCGUGCAGGCCACCAUGAUCCUCUCCACCAUCCUCUGCAGCCUCUCCUUCCUCAUCUUUCUGCUCCAGCUCUUCCGCCUCAAGCAGGGAGAGAGGUUCAUCCUAACCGCCAUCAUCCAGCUCAUGUCCUGUUUAUGUGCCAUGAUCGGGGCUUCCAUUUAUACAGACCGGCGCCAAGACCUUCACCAACAGAACUACAAGGUCUAUUACCUGAUGCAGGAAGGCAGCUAUGGCUACUCUUUCAUUCUAGCCUGGGUGUCCUUCUCCUUCACUUUCAUCAGUGGUCUCAUGUAUAUGAUCCUGAGGAAGCGCAAGUAGGCUUCGGAAGGCCAGCCUCUCUCCCCACAGUAUGGCAUACACGUUCACAUAACCAUUUUGUAUAUAAUCAUUUUUGUGGUUUUUCUAGCAAACAUAUUGUUUCCUUUAAAAGCUUUUAUAAAAAAGAAGAGAGAGAGAAAGAGGAGUUUCUGCCUUCUUGGAGUCUGAGACCAGACCACAAAGGCUGGCAUUCAGAAUGCAAGCCCACUGAGAGUCUCAGCAAGGCCCAGCAAGAUCCAGCAAUGUGGAAUCUGCAGGAUGCUUCUCCCCAGUGGACCUGGGGUGGGGUGUGGGCAAAGGUGGAAAAAGCCUGUUUUUGGGCACAGGCUCUCUGUAGGUUUCUGCCUUGCCCCUCUCCCCCGGCCCCUUCCCUCUGCCCACUCCACUCUGGCAGCCAGAGGUGGGAUGAUGAGGGGCCCGAGUGAGGAGUACAUAUCCUUAGAUAUUAACCCCUAGUUCAUGUAAGCAGAGGGCAAAGACUAGCCCUGGUUUCGGUCUGUCCGGGACCCAGAGCCCCAGACCCCCUGCGGUGAGUUAGGUCAUCAUGCAGACUUCCUGACAGUCGCCUGUCUACCUUAAGGAUAGUGACCCUUAACCUAGGUGUCAUGUUGAGUCUCCGUAGGUAAUUCCUUAGGGCAUCUGUUACAUGCAGAGUCUCAGGUCCACUUCGAAGACCCUCAGAAUCCAUCAAAGGGGUGAACCUGUAUGUCUGAAUUUCCGAUGGUCUCCCUGCAAUAUCCUUAGAUGCACUGAAACUGGGGAUAAGAGUCCUAGAGCCAGGGGAGUAGAGUUGCCCUGUAAAUGUUAACAAUCUCAUCACACAAAAGACGGCCCCACUGCCAGCCACAUCUUGGCCCCCACUAGCUUCUCUCACAGCUGGUUAUAUCUGGGCCGCUUGUGCCGUACUCCCAGGCCAUAAGCCUCCAUCCACGAGGAGGACUGGGCAGCCUCCUCCCUGCCCUGUCCUUCCUGCCCUUCUUUCUAACGUGGGUGCCUCCAUUGGCCCCUGUUUCUGGAGACUCAGAAGAUCUGUCUUCCAUCCAUUCAUCUACCUAUCAUUCAACAUGAAUGGGUCUUGCCACAUGUCAGGUGCAAAGGUUACCUUUCAAACCAUUCCUCAUGAGACUCGGGCCAGUGAAGAACACACCAGAACCACUCAGAAACACUGCCACCUGUGAUGGAACAGCAGCGACGCCACCAGUCAAAACCUCCCGGGGCGAGAGGAAGCCCACUCUGCAUGCCUGCCUUGAAGGGCCCUGUGGCGUCUACACUGCUCUACUCUAGACAGAGUUCCACUCAGCUUCAACAGGUGCCAUUCAUUGGGGUUUCCCCGGAGGGUACUUUAGUAGAGGAUCCCACAUGUCCCACACUGAGACAGCAGGAAAGGAUUCCCAGAGCCAUGGCUCUCAAGAUGGGCACCCAAGGGGGAGAACCCAGCUCCCCUCCAGUCAGUAAGAAUGUCCUGAUAAAUGUGGCCAUGAGAAGAUCAUACUAGAAAUCCAAGGACUCUAAGAUGGCAACCUUCUCCCUUUGGUACCCUUCACCAUUGUUAGCAUCAAGUCGGAGAGGCGACUCUGGGACAGGGUGUGUAGAUUUGCGUUGUUUAAACACGUUUACAUGUGAGCUUCUGUGAGGGGUCUUUAUCAUCAGUACCUCAGUUCCAGUGGAGCUGGGGUUGUUCCCUCCCUCCAGCUCUCCUAUCCUCCUUUCCGUCCUUCCCUUGGGGAGAGUGCCACGGUGGCAUGGGGCAGAGAUAGGGCAGGUGACCACCGCUUGCCUUGAUGGAGAACUUCCCCAGGCUCACUGAGGCCUGUCUAAAGUGUCCUCUACACCUUCCCCUUGGGGACUUUUCUGUAAUAAUGUUCUGGUAGUCAUGAUAGAAACAAACAGACCAAACCACAGGCAUGAAACAUGAAUUUCCACCUCAGAGAGCCCAGGCCUGCAGAAGCAAACCAUCCGAUGCGAUGGGAAUGGGAUGGGGGUUUUCUGCUUGCCACUGUGGCCAGCAUUUGGUGCCAUCUCCCUGUGACAUGAGAGGUGCCUGUCUCCUGCUCUGUGCCCUGCAUCUGGAGUGCUAGGAAAGAGAAAAGGGUGUGAGGGAGAACAGAUCCACCCUUCUCCUAUGUGGGAUCAGCUCUAAAUUGGUGCUCAUCACUAGUUACCAAAGAACAAUGACAAAGUCAGCCGGGAUAUCCAAGAAGCAUGGAUUAGGACCAAACCCAUCACUGUAUUUAAAGGAACUUUAGUUUGCGCAUCUUACAACAUUUUUAUAAAGUACUGUAAUUCAUGGGUGGGGCAUGUGACAGAGACAGACUAACCCAUGUUUGUCAUUUGCAUUAAAAUUAUUUUGGGUCUCUGUUUAAAGAA